GACAACCAAGCAAAGUAAAGCAAAUCAGAAUGCCAUACAAGAAAAUGCUGCAGGAUAUCAUACAAGAACACAUCCAGUUGCCCCCAGAAAACUCAAAAACUUCAGUAUUUUGGGAUCCAGAGCUGGGGAUUUUCUCUUCUUCGUCCAGAAGUUCCAGCGCUUCACAAGUUCCUGGAACAGAACUUCUCUAUACUGGUCAGUCAAUAUCCUUUGGUGGUCCUCUCAUGAAUGACCAACACUAUCGAGGAAGGCAGCAGCUGGCCUGAAUAGAGGUUCAGCUGUGAGUCAUUUUCGACAGGGUAGAGCGCAGAGGAGAGGCCAGCUGCCUGUGUUUGCUCCUAGUGAUCCUCAUCAAAACCAGUUAUCUUCUUAAUUUCCUUGACACCACAAACACUGAUUUAGUUCCUCUCAGGUGAUAAAGAGCUAGUAUAUUUUUUCUGGGUGAAAUUUUCUUUGAAGUUGUUUCCCUUCUUCUUCAGCUUAUGAAUACAUGACCCAUGAAUCA